AUGUCCAGCUCCAGCACAACGCCCGAACAAGUAGGCCACCAUAAAGUCGACAACGCCCUGGACAUCGCCAUCGUCAUCUUCUCCGCCAUUGCCGUCUACAAUGCCCUCGAGCUCUCCAUCUACCUCCCCUCCUCCUUCCACCGCUACCGCAGCCUCUACUUCUGGUCCAUGAUGACCUCCGCCAUCCUCGGCGUCAUCCCGGCCUCCAUCGGCGGCGUCCUGCAGUUCUUCGGCCGCCAGCCGCUCUGGCUGAGCAUGCUGCUGCAGAAUCUCGGCUUCAUCCUCAUGGUGCCGAAUCAGUCGGUCGUCUUGUAUUCGCGCCUGCACCUGAUCUCGCCCGAUAAGAUUGUCCUCCGAAUCGUGCGCUGGCUGAUUUUCGGCUGUCUGGCGUUGAUCUGCAUCCCGACCAUCAUCCUCAAUGUCGGCUCGAGCUACCUCCCCCAUUCCCCGCCAUGGGUGCGCGGCUACUCCAUCAUGGAGCGGUUCCAGAUAACCUGGUUCACGCUGCAAGAGUGCUUCAUCUCGGGCGUGUACAUCUACUACACGCUCCAGCUAAUCCGACUCGUCCCGACCGACGAUAAACGACGGCACAAGAUUCUGUUCCAGCUGCUGGUCGUCAAUGUGCUUGUGAUUAUGCUGGAUCUGGUGCUGGUGAUUCUGCAGUAUUUGAACUACUAUUAUACCCAUGUGAUUCUCAAGGCGACGGUGUAUAGCAUCAAGCUGAAGCUGGAGUUUGCGGUGCUGGGCAUGUUGGUUUCGAUGGUGCAUCGGCGCGAUUCGGAUCAGUUUUGGUUGACGGAGCAGUCGCCGACGCAUGGUUCGUAG